UAUGGGAGUCCCCGUCCAGCUCAUGCCAACAUGAAUGCCAAUGCAGCUGCAGGGCUUGCCCCAGAGCAUAUCCCUACUCCAGGGGCAGCUCUGUCCUGGCAGGCUGCUAUCGAUGCUGCCAGGCAGGCCAAAUUGAUGGGUAGUGCUGGCAAUGCAACAAUAUCCACAGCUAGCUCCACGCAGAGGAAACGACAGCAGUAUGGGAAACAGAAAAAACAGGGUACAACCACAGCUACACGUCCUCCCCGGGCAUUGCUGUGUUUAACGCUGAAAAAUCCCAUCCGGAGGGCAUGCAUCAGCAUCGUCGAAUGGAAAUCAUUUGAAAUAAUUAUUUUACUGACUAUUUUUGCCAAUUGUGUGGCCUUAGCUAUCUAUAUCCCCUUUCCAGAAGAUGAUUCCAAUGCCACCAAUUCCAAUCUGGAACGAGUGGAAUAUCUCUUUCUCAUAAUUUUUACAGUGGAAGCAUUUUUAAAAGUAAUAGCAUAUGGACUUCUCUUUCACCCCAACGCUUACCUCCGCAAUGGCUGGAAUUUACUAGAUUUUAUAAUUGUGGUAGUAGGGCUUUUUAGUGCAAUUUUAGAACAAGCAACCAAAGCAGAUGGGGUGAAUUCAAUAGGAGGGAAAGGUGCCGGAUUUGAUGUUAAAGCACUGCGGGCUUUCCGAGUGUUACGCCCCUUACGGCUGGUAUCUGGAGUUCCUAGUCUCCAAGUGGUUUUAAAUUCCAUUAUCAAGGCUAUGGUCCCCUUGCUGCACAUUGCCCUGCUGGUGCUGUUUGUCAUAAUUAUCUAUGCCAUCAUUGGACUGGAGCUAUUCAUGGGGAAGAUGCACAAGACCUGCUACUUCCUGCAAGGCAUUUAUGAUACACCAGCAGAAGAGGAAGCCUCUCCUUGUGCCCCUCAAUCAGCGCAUGGACGGCAGUGUCAGAAUGGCACUGAGUGCAAACCAGGAUGGGAGGGGCCCAAGCAUGGCAUUACCAAUUUCGACAACUUUGCCUUUGCCAUGUUAACUGUGUUUCAGUGCAUCACUAUGGAGGGCUGGACAGAUGUACUGUACUGGAUGCAGGACGCUAUGGGCUAUGAGUUACCAUGGGUGUAUUUUGUCAGUCUGGUCAUCUUUGGAUCCUUUUUCGUUCUAAAUCUGGUUCUUGGUGUGUUGAGCGGGGAGUUUUCCAAAGAAAGAGAGAAGGCAAAGGCUCGGGGUGACUUUCAGAAGUUGCGGGAGAAACAACAGCUGGAGGAAGACUUGAAGGGGUACCUGGAUUGGAUAACUCAAGCAGAAGACAUCGAUCCAGAAAAUGAAGAUGAAGGCAUGGAUGAGGAGAAGCCCCGAAACAUGAGCAUGCCUACAAGUGAGACUGAGUCCGUGAACACAGACAAUGUGGCGGGAGCAGAUAUUGAAGGAGAAAACUGCGGUGCUAGGCUGGCGCAUCGGAUCUCCAAAUCUAAGUUUAGCCGCUACUGGCGCCGGUGGAACAGGUUCUGCAGGAGGAAGUGCCGAGCUGCUGUCAAGUCCAAUAUUUUCUACUGGCUGGUGAUCUUCCUUGUGUUUCUCAACACCCUUACCAUCGCUUCUGAACAUUACAACCAGCCAUACUGGCUUACAGAGGUCCAAGACACUGCCAAUAAGGUGCUGCUAGCACUUUUCACGGCAGAGAUGCUGCUGAAGAUGUACAGCUUAGGUCUCCAGGCCUACUUUGUAUCUCUCUUCAACCGCUUUGACUGCUUUAUUGUUUGUGGAGGAAUCCUGGAGACCAUCCUGGUGGAGACCAAGAUCAUGUCACCGUUGGGCAUCUCGGUGUUGAGAUGCGUCCGACUCCUGAGAAUAUUUAAAAUCACAAGGUAUUGGAAUUCCUUGAGUAACCUAGUGGCUUCACUGCUGAACUCAGUCCGCUCCAUCGCUUCCCUGUUGCUGCUUCUCUUCCUCUUCAUCAUCAUCUUCUCGCUCCUGGGAAUGCAGCUCUUUGGGGGCAAGUUUAACUUUGAUGAGAUGCAAACCAAGAGGAGCACAUUCGAUAACUUCCCCCAGUCCCUCCUCACGGUGUUUCAGAUCCUGACUGGGGAGGACUGGAAUUCGGUGAUGUAUGAUGGGAUCAUGGCUUAUGGCGGCCCCUCUUUUCCAGGAAUGUUGGUCUGUAUUUACUUCAUCAUCCUCUUCAUCUGCGGAAACUAUAUCCUGCUGAAUGUAUUUUUGGCCAUUGCUGUGGACAAUCUUGCUGAUGCCGAGAGUUUGACAUCUGCUCAGAAAGAAGAGGAAGAGGAAAAAGAAAGAAAAAAACUAGCUAGGACCGCUAGUCCUGAAAAGAAACAGGAGAUUGAGAAACAAGCUGUGGAGGAGGAGACAAAGGAGGAGAAAAUUGAGCUGAAAUCUAUCACUGCUGAUGGAGAGUCCCCGCCUACUACCAAGAUCAAUGUGGAUGAUUAUCAGCCCAAUGAAAAUGAAGAGAAGAACCCAUAUCCUACUACAGAAGCUCCAGCAGAGGAAGAGGAGGAGGAGCCUGAAAUGCCUGUCGGCCCCCGGCCACGCCCAAUGUCUGAGCUGCACCUCAAAGAGAAGGCUGUGCCCAUGCCGGAUGCCAGUGCUUUUUUCAUCUUCAGCCCUACCAACAGGUUUCGUCUCCACUGCCAUCGAAUCGUUAAUGAUAACAUUUUCACCAACCUGAUCCUCUUUUUCAUCUUGCUCAGCAGCAUCUCCCUGGCAGCUGAGGACCCUGUCAAACACUACUCCUUUAGGAACCAAAUUCUCUUUUAUUUUGAUAUAGUUUUUACUGUCAUUUUCACCAUUGAAAUUGCUCUGAAGAUGACUGCAUAUGGAGCUUUCCUCCACAAGGGCUCCUUCUGCAGGAACUACUUCAACAUCCUAGACUUGCUGGUGGUCAGCGUGUCUCUCAUCUCCUUUGGGAUCCAGUCCAGUGCAAUCAACGUAGUGAAGAUCUUACGUGUCCUGCGAGUGCUCAGACCGCUGAGGGCCAUCAACAGAGCCAAGGGACUAAAGCACGUGGUCCAGUGCGUAUUUGUAGCCAUCAGAACAAUCGGAAACAUUGUGAUUGUCACCACUUUGCUGCAGUUCAUGUUUGCCUGCAUUGGAGUUCAGUUGUUCAAGGGCAAACUGUAUAGCUGCAGCGAUAGCUCCAAGCAAACAGAAGCAGAAUGCAGGGGGCAUUAUAUUUCGUACAAAGAUGGAGAGGUCACCCAGCCAAUCAUCCAGUCCCGCAAUUGGGAGAACAGCAAGUUCAACUUUGACAACGUCUUGACUGCCAUGAUGGCACUCUUCACUGUUUCAACCUUUGAGGGCUGGCCAGAGCUGCUGUACAAAUCCAUUGAUUCUCACAUGGAGGACGUGGGACCCAUCUAUAACCACAGGGUGGAGAUCUCCAUUUUCUUCAUUAUCUAUAUCAUCAUCAUUGCUUUCUUCAUGAUGAACAUCUUCGUUGGUUUCGUCAUUGUCACGUUUCAGGAACAAGGAGAGCAGGAAUACAAGAACUGUGAGCUGGACAAGAACCAGCGCCAAUGUGUUGAGUAUGCCCUGAAGGCCCGCCCCCUGCGGAGGUACAUCCCUAAGAACCAGUACCAAUACAAAGUGUGGUAUGUGGUGAACUCCACCUAUUUUGAGUACCUGAUGUUUGUUCUCAUCCUGCUGAACACCAUCUGCCUGGCUAUGCAGCACUAUGGUCAGAGCUGUCCCUUCAAACAAGCCAUGAAUAUCCUCAACAUGCUCUUCACGGGUCUCUUCACCGUCGAGAUGAUUCUGAAACUAAUCGCCUUCAAACCCAAGGGUUACUUUAGUGAUCCUUGGAAUGUUUUUGACUUCCUCAUCGUAAUUGGCAGCAUUAUAGACGUCAUUCUCAGUGAAACUAAUCCAGCUGAACAUACCCAAUGCUCUUCCUCUAUGAAUGCAGAGGAAAACUCGCGCAUCUCAAUCACCUUUUUCCGACUCUUCCGCGUGAUGCGUCUCGUGAAGCUCCUGAGCCGUGGGGAGGGCAUCCGGACGUUGCUUUGGACCUUCAUCAAGUCCUUCCAGGCUCUCCCCUAUGUGGCUCUUUUAAUAGUGAUGUUAUUCUUCAUCUAUGCGGUGAUUGGAAUGCAGGUGUUUGGUAAAAUUGCUCUGAAUGAUACCUCGUAUAUAAACCGCAACAACAACUUUCAGACGUUCCCUCAAGCAGUGCUGCUACUCUUCAGGUGUGCCACUGGUGAAGGCUGGCAGGACAUCAUGCUUGAUUGUCUGCCAGACAAGAAGUGCGAUCCUGAGUCAGAGCCAACCAACUCUACUGAAGGCGACCAUUCCUGUGGGAGCAGCUUUUCCAUCUUUUAUUUCAUCAGCUUCUACAUGCUCUGUGCCUUCUUGAUUAUCAAUCUUUUUGUGGCUGUUAUUAUGGAUAACUUUGACUACUUGACACGGGACUGGUCCAUUCUGGGGCCACAUCACCUUGACGAGUUUAAAAGGAUCUGGGCAGAGUAUGACCCUGAAGCCAAGGGACGAAUCAAACACCUGGACGUGGUGACGCUGCUCCGGCGGAUUCAGCCUCCGCUGGGCUUUGGGAAGCUCUGUCCUCAUCGAGUGGCUUGCAAACGCCUAGUCUCUAUGAAUAUGCCACUGAACAGUGAUGGGACUGUCAUGUUUAAUGCCACCCUCUUUGCGUUGGUCAGAACAGCACUGAGGAUCAAAACUGAAGGUAACCUGGAGCAAGCCAAUGAGGAGCUGCGAGCGAUCAUUAAGAAAAUCUGGAAGCGCACCAGCAUGAAGCUGCUGGAUCAGGUUGUGCCCCCUGCAGGCGAUGAUGAGGUGACAGUCGGGAAGUUUUAUGCCACUUUCCUGAUCCAAGAGUAUUUCCGGAAAUUCAAGAAACGUAAAGAACAAGGCCUCGUGGGCAAACUCUCACAGCGGAAUGCUCUCUCCUUGCAGGCCGGGUUGCGCACAUUGCAUGACAUUGGGCCAGAGAUCCGACGGGCGAUCUCCGGAGACCUGACAGCCGAAGAGGAGCUAGACAAGGCCAUGAAAGAAGCUGUUUCCGCUGCCUCUGAAGAUGAUAUCUUCAGGAGGGCUGGUGGUCUGUUCGGAAACCAUGUCAGCUACUACCAAAGUGAUGGCAGGAGCUCAUUCCCCCAGACAUUCACCACCCAGCGCCCUUUGCACAUCAAUAAAUCUGGCAACAACCAGGGAGAUACGGAGUCCCCAUCACACGAGAAGCUAGUGGAUUCCACCUUCACUCCCAGCAGCUACUCGUCUUCGGGCUCCAACGCCAACAUCAACAAUGCCAACAAUACUGCCUUGUCCCGCUUCCACAGCCCACCCAGCUACCCAAGUACUGUCAGCACAGUGGAGGGGCAUGGCACACCCUUGUCACCCACCAUACGAGUGCAGGAAGCCCCUUGGAAACUCACUUCCAAAAGCUCCAGUUCCAGAGACAGCCAGCUGGCAAUCGUUUGCCAAGAGGAAGUAUCUCAGGAUGAGACUUACGAUGAGAAUUUGAAUGAAGACGUAGAGUACUGUAGCGAACCAAGUCUGAUCUCUACUGAAAUGCUCUCAUACCAAGAUGAUGAAAACAGACAACUGACUCCACCUGAAAACAACAAAGGCGAGGGCUCCAGGCAGUCUCCAAAGAGGGGGUUUCUUCGCUCCUCGUCACUGGGUCGAAGAGCAUCUUUUCACUUGGAGUGUCUGAAGAGACAGAAGAACCAAGGUGUAGAUGUCUCCCAGAAGACAGUUCUGCCAUUGCAUCUGGUACACCAUCAGGCACUAGCAGUGGCAGGGCUGAGUCCCCUGCUCCAGAGAAGCCAUUCCCCAACAACGUUCUCCCCCCGGUUGUGUGCCACGCCCCCUGCCGUGCCCUGUAGCCGUGGCUGGCCACAGAAGACCAUCCCGACUUUACGGCUUGAUGGAGUGGAGUCCAGUGAGAAACUCAACAGUAGCUUCCCAUCAAUACACUGCAGCUCCUGGUACUCUGACAGCACCAGCUGCAGCAGCCCUCGGAGAGCCAGGCCGGUCUCCCUCACCGUCCCCAGCCAGACUGGAGGGAGCAGCAGGCAGUUCCAUGGCAGCGCUGGCAGCCUUGUCGAAGCGGUCUUGAUUUCAGAAGGACUGAUGCAGUUUGCGCAAGAUCCAAAGUUCAUUGAGGUCACAACCCAAGAGCUAGCAGAUGCCUGUGACAUGACAAUAGAAGAGAUGGAAAAUGCAGCAGACAACAUACUCAAUGGUAACAGCAAGCAAAGCCCCAAUGGCAACCUCUUGCCUUUUGUUAACUGCAGGAACCCAGGGCAGGACAGUGCAGGAGAGGAAGAGGAAGAGGUGCAGAACCCGGAUUGUAGAAAAAGUCAGGAGGAGCUCCAGGACAGCAGGAUUUAUGUCAGCAGCCUGUAG